CACCGGCUUCCAGCUGAAGGCUCAGCAACAGGAUUCAUCACCUGCAUCAACAUGAAAACAUGAAGGACAGGAAGUCCUGAGGCCUAAGAACCAGCUGGCCACGUGGUUUCUUGUUUAUUGUUGCUGAAAAUGUGAUAUAAAUAAAAUCACCUCAGCGCCCUCUGGUGACAGAAUGGCGAUAUAACGUUACCAAGAGGCUCCACCUCAUUUUGAAUAGUAAACAUUUUUCUCCAGGUGCCACACCUACAGCUUCAUCCCUUCCUGUUCAGGAGUUGAACAUCAGUUUUUGUUUUUAUCUCUUUUCUCUGGUUGCGGUGUUUAAUCUGGAUUGGUAUAAAAUGUCCAGAGUUACCCGGUGGCUCUGCGGCCUCUCUCUGCUCUCUGCGACACUUCCGGUCUUUAUCUCCGCAGAUCAGCCGAUCAGAUCUGGACCUGGACAGACGGUCACUCUGCCGUGCCGCCUGACCAGCAGAGACCCGGUUCUGGUUGUGGAGUGGAGCAGAACCGAUCUGGGGCCAGAUUACGUUCUCCUGUAUCGGGACGAGCAGAUCGACCUGUUUAACCAGCAUCCGUCCUACCAGAACCGGGUUGGACUGAAGGACCUGCAGAACGGAGACGUGUCUCUGGUUCUGCAGGUCCAAACGACUGAUGACAGCGGGACGUACGAGUGUCGAGUCGUUCAGACCGGAAAGAACCGCAAGAAGCAACUGAUCAGCUCCGUCCACCUGGUUGUAGCUCCGCCUUCUCCGCCAGCUCACUUUGAGAAACUCACAGGAGACCAGAAAACCCGGACCGGAUCAGAGGAGGAGGGAGGAAGCCAGGAGGUGUUGACCUCUGACCCUGCAGCUGGUACCGCCUCUCCUCUUCUGUUGGGUUUAGAGAUUCUCAUUACAUCUGAUUGGAUGUUUUCUGUUUUGUCUUUGUGUCCAUGUUUCUUCCUUCCUCACGUCUCGCCUCCUUCAUCUCCACAGCUUCCAGCAGAUGAUCAGCCUGAUGGCAAACAUUAAACCUUUAAAUCAAAACUGAUCCAAACUGAUCACAGAUCAGUUUGGAUCAGUUAAACUGAUCAUUAGUCGUAUAAAGACAAGAGGAACCAAAUGUUCAGUCAGAACUUUUUCUCUGGGUUCAGAUUCCAGCUUCAUUUAUUCACCCUCUAAAUUUAAGUUAUUUAAUGGAGACGAGACUCUAUAGUGAGAAUCUAAUAACUGUAAGUUGAGUUUGAUGGCCCAGAAAAAGCUGCAUUGUUUUAGUACUUUAUUGAUAAAACAGCAGUAAAAUAAAAAGCUUGCAAAUCUCUGCAUCUUUCAGAAAUAUUACUCUAAAAAGCAUUUCUUCCUUCCACAGUGAACACUCAGCUCCAGUUCACACAGCAGCAGUUUGAUGCUGGUUUUGUCCCAAUUUUCCUCUUCUGACAACCAGAAUGCUCUGAUGAGAUGUUUUGUGUUGAUCAGGUGAGCAAACUGCAGGUGGUCCAACUUGGUCCUGUGGUACUUCAGUCCCUCAGAUUAGCUGUCAGGACAUCAGGUCUGUAAUUUAACCGUUAUGUUUAUUUCUUUGGAACAUUUUAAACAUGAGGGACGUUUACAGCUCCAGAGACAGAAGAAACCAAAAGAAACUCAGAACUCUUCACAAUGUUAGUUUAGCAUAUUUGAAACAAUUAUUGAAUGUUUCCUGUUCCAACAGGCAUCUGUCCAGGUUUUUACUGUUGGUGUAAAAAUAGGAGCAUUAACCUGAACCUGUGGUCAUCUAAAGCUUUAAAGGAUUUAUCAGCCAAGUUCAUUCUACCAACUCAAAGCAGCUGGUUAGCAGGUUCUGCUCUUUCUUAAAACAGCUUUUAAUUUGUUACUGUUAUAACUAACAACAACUUAAAGGGACUGAGCCUCAUUCUGCACAGACUGUCUGAACCCACAGGCAUCUGAACACAGUCAACAUGAUGGCUCCUGUUUUCAGAUAGACGUUUGUUUUGUCCCAGGAGCCUCAGCUUGUUGUCAUAGCAACCUGGGUUUAAGCAGGGCCUUCAGCAUAGAGCUAUAGAUGUAGAUCAUGGUUUGUGCAGAGAGCUAUAGAUGUAGAUCAUGGUUUGUGCAUAGAGCUAUAGAUGUAGAUCAUGGUUUGUGCAUAGAGCUAUAGAUGUAGAUGAGUUCUUCCCCCAUUUCUCUGAUCAGUUUCUGAUCAUUCUGGUUUCUUCUUUCCUCACUGAGAAAUAAACUGCUGAGGAAUAAACUGCAUCUGGAUCAGAACCUGCAGGAAACAGAAGCAGAAACAAAAUCAGAACAUUUCUGGAGUUAUUUAAACGGGGCCUGCCAAAGUGUGCUCAUCAGUUAUAACCAGUGUUCUGAUGCUACACGUUAGCAUCACUGCUAAGCUUAGUUAAAAUGUAGUCAGUAGCAUGUGGAGAAUCACAAGCAUGUUGAUUAAAACAGACCUCCUCCAUUCACUACGCUAAAAUUAAUGUAUAAGAUAAAAUGAGCAAAAAUGCUAAUGUUAGCUUGAAUGCUGUCAGUAGCAUGAUGUCUAACUUUGCUCCAUCUGCAGCCAGAUGGAGCAAAUUGUGACUGAUGUGUGAGGAGUCUUUUAAAAUGUUCUUGGUUUUUAUGGUAAAGGCUAAUGCUAAUGCUAAUUCUAAUGUUUAAUGGUAGUGCACUAGUUGACAGUGCACUGCUAAUGUUUGUGUUAAUGUUAUUGCAUUGCACUCUGCAAGGCAGCAAAGCAGCAAAGCAGCAAGGCAGCAAGGCAGCAAGGCAGCAAAGCAGCAAGGCAGCAAGGCAGCA